AACGCUCUGGAUCGAACCGGCGCGACAAAGCAAACACAGUCACACAUGACACACACAGACACACUCAAUACUUGCGCGGUUCCGGAUGACACCGCACGUCCGAGCUGGCCGGAAUUCACCACCCUGCGCUGAGCAAGAGGUACUGAACCAGACCGUUGUGAGAAACAAGAACUCAAGAAGAACCUGGCUGCUGUGAUGCUGCUUCACCACUUCAAGUUUGUGGUCCAACUUCACUAAAUACGGCACCCCCGGUGGAGCGGUGACCCGAGCCUCCCGGCGCGACGACUUCCCGAGCGAGCGGCGCCGCCAAAGUGUUCCCGCGGCACUUAUUGCGUAAACUGCGAGCGCGGGCCAGCGCCAUGGGCCGCUACUGCGGCGCCGCCAUUGAGGAGGCGGGCGCCAAGCAGGCCUAUGGCGCGGCACGGCGGGCCAACCGCUUUGUGAAGAAGGACGGCCACUGCAAUGUGCGCUACGUCAACGUGAGCGAGAAGGGCCAGCGCUACCUGGCGGACAUCUUCACCACCUGCGUGGACGUGCGCUGGCGCUGGAUGCUGCUGAUCUUCUGCUCGGCCUUCCUGCUGUCGUGGCUCUUCUUCGCCUGCGUCUUCUGGCUGUUGGCCGUCUUCCACGGCGACCUCGAGGCGCACGGGACCGGCCACAAGUGCGUCUCUAACGUGGGCACCUUCACGGCCGCCUUCCUCUUCUCGGUGGAGACGCAGACCACCAUCGGCUACGGCUACCGCUACGUGACGGACGAGUGCCCGGCCGCCGUCUUCGCCGUGGUCUUCCAGAGCAUCGUGGGCUGCGUCAUCGACGCCUUCGUUAUCGGCGCCAUCAUGGCCAAGAUGGCCAAGCCCAAGAAGAGGAACGAGACGUUGGUUUUUAGCCACAACGCCACUGUAGCCGUGAGGGACGACAAGCUCUGCCUGAUGUGGCGGGUGGGCAACCUGCGCCGCAGUCACCUGGUGGAGGCCCACGUACGAGCGCAGCUCCUGCGCUCGCGCACCACCGCCGAGGGCGAGUACAUCCCUCUGGACCAGACGGACAUGGACGUGGGCUUCGACAGCGGCGUGGACCGCAUCUUCCUGCUGUCGCCCAUCACCGUGGUGCACGUCAUCGACGAGGACAGCCCCCUGUACGGCAUGUCCGAGCGGGACCUGCGCUCCUGUGACAUGGAGGUGGUGGUCAUCCUCGAGGGCAUGGUGGAGGCCACCGCCAUGACCACGCAAUGCCGAAGCUCCUACGUGGCCGGCGAGAUCCUGUGGGGGUACCGCUUCGAACCCGUGCUCUUUGAAGAGGACGACCACUACAAAGUAGACUACUCGCGCUUCCACGCCACCUACGAGGUGCCCGGCACGCCGCGCUGCAGCGCCCGCGAGCUGGCCGAGAGCAAGUACGCGCCGUCCGCAUCGGGGUCGUUCUGCUACGAGAACGAGGUGGCCGUCGACGCCCGGGAGGAUACGGACGAGGGCAACGGUGGCAGUGUCGGCCCGGACGCCGAGCGUGACGGGGAAGCCGACGCCCCGCCUGGGCGGGAGUCGGCCAUUUGAAAAUGGGCGUGUCCAGCGACGGUACGAGCAGGCGACCUGGCGCCGCCUUCUUUUUGGACGCUAAAUGUGCCAAAGACUUUACAAUCGGGCUCAUUCACUGUCAUUGACGGCGAUAGAUGUCCAAUGUAAACGGACUGAGAGGGUUCAUUUUUAAUUUUAUACACAUUUUUAAAAUCUACUUUUUAAAAUGCUAUCAUAUUUUCUGUUGUUGUUUUCCCUCUUUAAUUUGAAAAAUACUAGGCCUGCAGCUAUCGAUCAUUUUAGUAGUCGAUUAAUCGAUGAACAGAUUAGUUCGAAUAAUCGAGUAAUCGGAUAAGGAACAUAAAUUAAAAUACCUGACCUGAGCCUCAAACGGUAUAAAAGGAUAUAUGCACAACAAAAAAACGAUUGGCUAACUUACAUAGCAAAAGUCCGCUAGUUUAAAUGCUAUAAAAUGCCAAGUUUUUUUUUUUUUUUUAACAAUGCUCUUAUCAAAAAGUUCAAACACAAUGUCCCACAAAAAAAUUGGCUAAAUAUACCUUUAAACUAAAUUACAAAUGUAUUAAAAAAAAAAAAAAACAUUAGCUCAAACAAAAACUUGGCUUAUGUUGGUCUUAACAGGAAGCAGCGGGAUUCACCCAUGUGAAAUGAGGCAGUGUAUCCGCCCAAAUCAAUAAAACUAAAUGCAAACACUUUCAAAACAAACCAUUACAAAGCCACUAUAAACAAAUACUCGAGGCAGCAAAAUUUAAUUUGAAUAUUUUUUUUCUAAUCGAAUACUCGAGUUAUUCGAUUAAUUGUUGCAGCACUAAAAAAUACAAUACAAAUAAUCAACAUUUUGGGAACUAAACAAAAAAUAAUUUGAAAAUAAUGUUUUUUCUUUUAAAAGAUUGAAUAAUUUCAAAAUAAAAUAUUGGAAUAUUUACUGUUUAUUUGUUUAUCUGUUUAUUUUAUUUCCCUUUUUUUGUUUUUCUGAUAAACAAUAAAGACAAAAAUAAAAUAUGAAGGAGAAAAUUUUUAUUAUUAACUUAUUUACUGCCAUUGACGGCGAUAGAUGUCCAAUCCGCUGGCAGUGAUCUAUCCUCAUCGAUGUUUUUAACAAGUGUUCUAAGUGGUAACACGGCGAUGCUUCUGUGUGCUGGAUGUUAAAUCAGCAACAUUUUCCAGCAACUAUGGUUCAUCUAUCGCCGCCAAUGACAACAUUUCAUCUUUUGUUUUGUUAACGGUACGAAAAGACAUUUGCUUCCUGUGUCUUCAUCUUCACUGCCAAACAGGGAGACCUCAUUUAAAACACUUUUUGUUGUUGUUGUUUUUUAUGCAGACUUCAAAUUACUCAAAAUUUUCUACUUGGAAUAAUAAGACAGAUUUUUUUUGUAAUUAUUUUUAUUAUUAUGUCAUCAUUUCAUGUCUUUAUUUGUAAAUAAAAAUCUAAAUGAU